CGUAAAAUCUAGACAAGCUCGUGUCUUCUCCUACAUUCAAACCUUUUCCUACCGAACAAGACAAAGACUAGUUAGCAACGAACUCUCCGUCACGUUUCUUGAUCAUAGUUAUUGACUGGCCAAAAAACCCCUUUUUCCCAGAUAAAAAAGGAAAUUACUGAAAUAAAAAAGCAGAAAACAGAGGAAUUCUCUGUUUUUUCUGCUUCAAAUUUGAGAUAAUUAUAGUGCAAAGACUCUUGCUUUCUGGUACUUUUUAGCUUCUUCUUUCUUGAUUUGAGCUUGAGUUGUUGCAUCCGCUUCCAAGAUGUCAAGCUUGGAGGAGCCCAUCAGUCUGGACAGGUUGCCAAGUUUGAGCAACAUUGAUCAUCAUAGGUUCUCCUCCAGUGCUUGCAGACCCAGAGGAGAGGAUCUGGGAAUGGGACACCGCUGGAUUGAAGGGAGAAGCUGCAGCACAUCCAACAGCUGCGAGGAAGAUUUUGAAGAGUACAACAGAGAGAAUUUCAUGUGGUGGAAGCAAAGAAGAGGCACAUCACGAAGAGGGAUCUCCAAUGGAAGGACAUUAAGUUUGGGCAGGAAUCAAGUGCCAAAUGGAAAUAUCAGUGACUCACUUUAUUUGCCUGAUGAUCAAUACAAUUCCUGUAACUACAAAUACACCAUGGACAUGCCAAAUAAGUUACUCAGAGACAUACCGAAGUAUGUGAAGAUAGUGGAAGUAGGCCCAAGGGAUGGGUUGCAAAAUGAGAAGAACAUUGUCCCAACCUCCAUAAAGGUUGAAUUAAUUCGAAAACUGGUGUCUUCUGGAUUGGCUGUCAUUGAAGCAACGAGUUUCGUUUCACCCAAAUGGGUACCUCAGCUGUCAGAUGCAAAGGAAGUAAUGGAAGCACUGAAGAAUUUGGAGGGUACCAGGUUACCUGUGUUGACACCUAAUUUAAAAGGCUUUGAAGCUGCUAUUGCUGCUGGGGCAAAAGAAAUAGCUGUCUUUGCAUCAGCUUCAGAGUCUUUUUCAAAAUCAAACAUCAAUUGUAGCAUUGAGGAAAGUCUUACUCGUUAUCGUGCUGUCACCCAUGCUGCUCAAAAGCUUUCAAUCCCGGUUCGUGGGUAUGUAUCUUGUGUUAUUGGAUGCCCAGUUGAGGGAGCAGUUCCACCUUCCAAAGUCGCAUAUGUGGCAAAGGAACUUUAUGACAUGGGCUGCUUUGAGAUCUCUCUUGGCGAUACAAUAGGAGUUGGUACACUAGGUACUGUUCUUCCAAUGCUUGAAGCUGUCAUGGUAGUUGUUCCUGUUGAGAAGCUUGCUGUCCACUUCCAUGACACUUAUGGGCAGUCCCUUCCAAAUAUACUGGUGUCUCUUCAAAUGGGAAUUAGCACAGUGGAUUCAUCAGUGUCUGGUCUUGGAGGGUGCCCGUAUGCCAAGGGAGCUUCAGGAAAUGUAGCUACUGAGGAUGUGGUAUACAUGCUGAAUGGCCUUGGCAUAAAAACGAAUGUUGAUCUGGGAAAGCUCUUACUGGCUGGAGAGUUCAUCAACAAGCAUUUGGGCCGCCAAUCUGGGUCGAAAACUGCAAUUGCUUUCAGCCGGAAAACGGCAGAUGCUUCAAAGAUAUAAGGAACAUCACAUUAACAUAAUAUUAUACUCUAUAAACGAUAAAGCAAGGGGGAAAUUUUGUUUUCUCCUCUUGCAUUCUGAUGUGUCUAGUAAGACUACCAUGUUUUAUACGAAAAGAAACUCAAAAUGAAGAGCCAUUCAUUGUCUUCAGAAUCAUUGUAUUGAGAUCAGUUAUAUGCAUAUACAAAAAGUAUUAGUACAAGGAUAGAAGAAAAAAGGACAUUGUCCUCAGAAUCAUUGUAUUGAGAUCAAUUGUAAGAAGUAUAGUACAAGAAUAGAAGAGAAAAGAACAGCUGCAUAAUGAUAUAGCCAUGCCACUAUGUUAUGCUC